AUGGCCAAUUAUCUCGCCUCCAUUUUCGGUACCGAGCAGGACAAGGUCAACUGCUCCUUCUAUUACAAGAUCGGCGCAUGUCGCCACGGCGAUCGAUGCUCGCGCAAGCAUGUCAAGCCUUCAUACUCGCAAACAAUCUUGAUGCCCAAUAUGUAUCAGAACCCUGCCUACGACCCCAAGACCAAGAUGAACCCCAGCCAGCUCCAGAAUCACUUUGAUGCAUUCUACGAGGACGUCUGGUGCGAGAUGUGCAAGUACGGCGAACUGGAGGAGUUGGUAGUAUGCGACAACAACAAUGACCGUAAGUUCUGCCCAUUCAAAUCUUGUCUGCUUUCUUUGCUCGAGGGUACAAUGUCUGAUCGUUUCUCCCCAUUCUUGACUACAGACCUGAUCGGCAACGUUUACGCACGAUUCAAGUACGAAGAAGACGCACAAGCUGCGUGCGAUACGCUGAAUUCUCGGUGGUACGCUGCGCGACCGAUAUAUUGUGAACUUUCACCAGUGACGGAUUUCCGGGAAGCGUGUUGCCGACUGAAUAGUGGUGAAGGGUGCGUCCGCGGAGGGUUCUGCAACUUCAUCCAUCGCAAAGAUCCCAGUCCCGAGUUGGACCGAGAAUUGCGAUUGAGCACAAAGAAGUGGCUCAAGGAGCGCGGUCGCGACGCACGCAGCGUCAGCCGCAGCCCGAGUCCCGAGCCAACCCGACGGAGAUACUAA